AUGGAAGAGAUUAGGCAAAAAAUUGCAGAUGGUUUUAGUAAAAGAAGUAUAGCCAGGGAAAUGGGAAUAAAUGAAACAACACUAAGAAAACGGUUAAAAGCAGGAACCAUCCCCAGCUCCUUAGGACGAUUCAAAACUGAUAUACCUUUAGAUAUGGAGGCUGAUUUAGCCCAACAAGUAAGGGACCUGGAUCUUAGAUUUUAUGGGAUUACCAAGAAAGAUUUGAAAAUAGCGGCUUAUAAGUUUGCCGAAGCUAACAAACUUCAGCACAGGUUCAGCAAUAUUAAAAAAAUGGCAGUACCUAAUAAAUUACCAAAGGUUUUAUCCAGCAAAGGCAAAAAACUGGUCGGAAAAGUAGCUAGUGCAGAUCGGGGACAGCUCGUUACAGCGGUAUGUUGUUUUAGCGUUACGGGGACAUAUAUUCCUCCGGCUAUGAUACUUCCCAGAAAAAGGAUGAAAGAUGAGCUCUUUUUAAAUGCACCUACUGGUACCUGUAAAAUGAUAUCGGACUCUGGGUUUAUAAACAAAGAAUUAUUUUGUCAGUGGUUGCGGCAUUUCAAGAGCUACAGCAAACCUAGUGCCGAAAAUCAAGUACUGUUGAUCCUCGACAACCAUUCCUCUCACCGUGAUCUAGAUGCAAUAAACUUCUGCAGGGAUAACCAUAUUGAUUUACUCUCCCUACCACCUCAUGCAACCCACAAGAUGCAACCGCUGGAUGUUGGUUUCUUUGGCCCAUUAAAGUGUGCUUACAGUAGAGAAUGUGAUAAGUGGAUGGUAAGUAACCCUGGAAAGGUAAUAACGCAGAUGCAAGUUGCCGGACUAUUUAACCAAGCUUACACCAGCGUCGCCAAUAUUGGAAAAUCAGAAAACUCAUUCAGAGCUUCCGGAAUAUAUCCCUAUAAUCCGGAUCAGUUUAACGAUGAUGAUUUUGCCCCUUCCUGUGUGACAGACGCACUCAUCACUACGCCAGACGCACCCAUUAAUACGACAGACGCACCCAAUUAUACAGAGAAUGGCCAGCUCAAUGAUGAAGUCGUGGUGGAAAUAGAUGAUCCCCAACCUUCCACGAGUAUUCCGAUACAUGCAACACCUCCACCGCUGGAUAUUGCCAGCCUUGAUAUAGUCUGUGAAAAAGGG